AGGUGCUAAACAUUACGAGGCUAUCAAUAAAUGCUUUCCGACUUGCAGUAGAUAUCCAGAAAAACACAAUCCAACUCCAAAUUCCAUUGUAGAGAGACAAUUAUUGUCUUCCAAGCUUAAACCCUGAUAUACAGCACCCACUUCGAAAUUAGAAAAAAAAAUGGUAGCAACGAAUCUGAAAUCAGAGACUAUGAAGCUGAUGGACAAAAGAACCGCCGUCGAAGCUGAAAUGAACGCCAUCAUCGAACAGCUUUGUCUACCCGGCGGUCCCGGUCUUUCCGGCAAUCUCGUCGAUUCCGAGGGAUUUCCUCGUCCAGAUAUUGACAUUCCUGCUGUAAGGGCACAACGCAAUCGUCUUAUUGUGUUAAAAAGCGAUCACAAGGAGUUAACUGGUAAAAUAGAUGGGAAUAUACAGGUUCUGCAUUCAGCUAGGCUUGCUUCUAAAUCACCAUCUCUGAAAGAUGCAGGUAAUGAUAGCACAUCAGAUAAUCAAAACACAUCAAUCACUGCAGCUGCACACAAUGUGGUUCUAAGAGACUCUUCCAGUUCCACGGAUGCGGAUGCCUUUGUCACCAUACCUUUUGCGGUGGUUGAUGAAAUAGCUGAUGCAUCCCCAGCUGCGGAGGAUGGUUUACAACUUGGAGAUCAGAUUAUGAAAUUUGGCAGUGUGGAAUAUCAGGUUGGGAAUAAUCUUCUGCAAAAGCUUGCUCUUGAGCCUCAGAAAAAUCCGGGUCAUGCGAUACCUGUGGUAGUUUUGAGAGAAGGUGCUCCAAUCAACUUAACAGUAACUCCUAGGACAUGGCAAGGCAGGGGUCUCCUAGGUUGCAAUUUCCGGAUUUUGUAACCGGUUGCGUGGAAUUAACUCGAUAAGAUGGUUUCUAAAGGUUGUGUCGUUGUGAUGGCUGCUUUGAUAAGGCUUGUUGACUGCAGAAACUGUGCAUCUUUUUCUUUCUUCUUCCUUAUUUUAUGGCACUCAAAGCCAAAUGUGGUGGAGCAAGAUAAUGGUACCAAACUAGGUUCCUUGUAAAUUUUUGCAGGGACACGUUUUUGGAUCGCUUGAGCUUCUAUCAAAAAUUUCCAAAACACGGUCCUCUCGAUCCGAUUAAUCUCCUCUGGUGUUUUUUCUUCCCUGUGCUUAACAUUUGUAGAAAUGUAGAUUGAUCACGGCCAAAUUUAUGCUUGGUUGCACUCGGCAUGAACCAUUUCUUAAACCUGACCCAGAUUAAUCCAUCCAUUUACAUAA